AUGGGGAUCCAAAUAAAGAAACAGACUCUCCUGCCGGUUUGCUCCGGUCCACCAGCCUGUCUGUCCACCAGCCUGUCUGUCCACCAGCCUGUCUGUCCUCCAGCCUGUCUGUCCAGCAGCCUGUUGGUCCGCCAGCCUGUUUGUCCACCAGCCUGUCUGUCCAGCAGCCUGUUUGUCCACCAGCCUGUUUGUCCAGCAGCCUGUCUGUCCUCCAGCCUGUCUGUCCAGCAGCCUGUUUGUCCGCCAGCCUGUUUGUCCACCAGCCUGUCUGUCCAGCAGCCUGUUUGUCCACCAGCCUGUUUGUCCAGCAGCCUGUCUGUCCUCCAGCCUGUCUGUCCGCCAGCCUGUUUGUCCUCCAGCCUGUCUGUCCAGCAGCCUGUUUGUCCGCCAGCCUGUUUGUCCACCAGCCUGUUUGUCCGCCAGCCUCCUGUUUGUCCUCCAGCCUGUCUGUCCACCAGCCUGUCUGUCCACCAGCCUGUCUGUCCGCCAGCCUGUCUGUCCACCAGCCUGUCUGUCCGCCCUGACUACUCCCUGCACACUAUCGUCCGGCUCAUCUCAAACCUGGACUUCACUGCCCCUCCACCUGUUGGCUCUCCUUGUGUUUUCUAA